AGAGAUUGUGAGGGGGUGAAGGAGGGAGAUAACCGGGAUGUAUGCGAAGUCGAAGGGGUCGAGACCUCGCCUUGACCGGCGAAACGCCAUCAAGAGCAUCGAUUACGAGGCUUCCGCCUCGACGGCGUCUUGUUCGUUCAACGACCAGUCAACUCCACGCACCCGAUCGCUUGACUUUAUCCCGCUAUCUGAGAGGACGAGCUUCCGAAUUGAAGGGACUGAGGGCGAAUUUGACCAAAUUUGCCGCUCUCUAGGGCUUUCCCCUGAAGAUUUCGCGAUUCCGACUGCUGCUUGGGAGGCUCGGAGAUGCUCCUCAGCUUCCAACACUGUAAGGAGCUCUAGACUUACGCGUAGUGGGGUUUUGGAUGCAGAAAGGCUGGCUGAUAGUUUUGCUACUAGCGCUGUGAUUAGGAAUGGUGAUGAAGUGGAGAACUGUUUAGAUGUCGCUGGACACGAAGCUAGGGCUAGAAUAGGCGACGAAAUUGGAACCACAGAUGAAAACUUGUGCAAAGACGGUGGCCGUGGAAUUAAGGGCGCGAGGCCGCCGAGAUUAGCUGCUCCAGAAUCAGUUGUAGAUAAUUUGGGCCAACCUUGGGAUUUAGAUAGGAGUAUUAGUGGGGGUUCUAGUGUGUAUGGGGGCAGCUCUCACCAUAGCCCAACCGAUUCAGAAGACUUCCAAAGAACUGAGGAUGUUGGAAAUGCAAAUGACAAUGAAGAAAGAAAUGAUAAUUUAAUAGAUGGUGCUGGUCUGGUGCCAGAACCUUUUUCGGAUUCACACAGUGACUGCAAUGAAGAUGAUGAUCCAGACACGUUGAAAACAGAAUCUGAAUCUAUGUAUACUGUUUCAGCUCAUGGUUCUUUCAGGUGCAGCAUAAAGACUUGGCAAAGGGGUGACUUUCUUGGCAGUGGAUCAUUUGGAACAGUCUAUGAAGGCUACACUGGUGAUGGCUUCUUUUUUGCUGUAAAGGAAGUUUCUUUACUUGCCACUGGAAACCAAGGCCAGCAAAGCAUUUUUCAACUUGAACAGGAGAUUUCACUUUUAAGUCAGUUUGAACAUGAAAACAUAGUUCGGUAUCUUGGAACAGACAAGGGUGAUAGCAAACUCUAUAUUUUCCUUGAACUUGUACCUAAAGGUUCGCUAGCAAGUCUUUACCGCAAGUAUCAACUGCGUGAUACCCAGGUUUCCGCAUACACUAAGCAAAUCUUAAGCGGAUUACAUUAUCUUCAUUUACGUGACGUGGUUCAUAGGGAUAUAAAGUGUGCCAAUAUACUGGUAGAUGUAAAUGGUUCCGUGAAACUUGCAGAUUUUGGAUUGGCAAAGGCAACAAAACUGAAUGACAUAAAAUCAUGCAAGGGAACACCAUUCUGGAUGGCGCCAGAGGUUGUUAACCGGAAAACCAAUGGCUAUGGGCGUGCUGCUGAUAUUUGGAGCCUUGGGUGUACUGUUUUAGAGAUGUUAACCGGCCAAAUUCCAUAUUCUAACUUAGAAGGGAUGCAAGCACUGUUCCGAAUUGGUAGAGGUGAACUCCCUCCUAUACCUAAUUCUUUGUCAAAAGAUGCUCAGGAUUUUAUCUGUAAAUGCUUACAAGUUAAUCCAACUGAUCGGCCUACUGCUGCUGAACUAUUGGAACAUCCAUUUCUGAGGACAGCAAGUCCUGUGCCUCCCAGGUCGUGAAAUAAUUUUGGAACUUAAUUGGUCUGUGACGGCUGAGAUUAUUCAAUGGAGCCAUUCCAGCCGGGAAUUGUCACUUUCUACACUAUAAUGUAGAUGAUUUUACAAGAGUAAAUGGGUAUUCAUAUUGUAUAUAUGAUCUCUGUAGUCUGUACUAUGAUCUGCCGUUCCUUCCUCACUUAUCAUUGCCGCAUGAAUCUCGGGAUUUACUGGAUCAAGAAGACUAGAGCCUUUAUUGAAGGCACAAGUGCAUUUGGUGUUUUGAGAGCUCGAACCUGAAAUAUAAUUUCGUAAACCUGGAAACGAAGUCCCUGGAAGUACAACCAGCACCACCGAGGGUAUUGCUUUUCUCACCAAGUGUCUGAGCACCGUAAUUGUACUAGAAGUCUAGAACUGGAUUAUUGCUUUCCUUGAUUCUUGAUUCUUUAGUCUCAUUUUUUUGACCUAUGCGUCUGCAGUGUGUAGUGUGUAGUGUAGAGGAUUGUGGUUGUGAAGCAAAUUGUAAAUACCGACUUCUUUCUCUUGUGCGUUUUCAAAGGAAAUUGUUAGAAUUGCUUCAUCGGGUUUAUGUUGCGCCGGUUAUGCAAUUUUGCUCUGCGGCUGUAACUAGUUUCUGCA